AACAGUUAGUGAUUUUUCUGGUACACUACGUCCGUAGACGUCUGGAUUUCUUGACGUCAGGAGAAGUCUGAGCGCAUCCAGCGCUGCGCACCAGCUCAGCAACCACAUCUCUCCCAGAGGAAAGCAGGGCACCGCACAGCUACAAAUCGCCAUUUAGUUUUAGUGUGGCGAAUCCAAUCAGGGUUGUAGGAUGCCUCUUGGAGAGGAUGGAAACGGAUGGAAAAAGAAGACAUCAGAGAUCAAAGAACAUUAUGACUUCAAAGAAGUGCUGGGAACGGGGGCUUUCUCUGAGGUGGUUCUCGCAGAGGAGAAGAGGACUCAGAGGCUAGUGGCCAUCAAGUGCAUCCCUAAGAAAGCCCUGGAAGGGAAGGAGAACAACAUUGAAAAUGAGAUUGCAGUUCUGCACAGAAUCAAGCACCCAAACAUAGUUUCGCUGGAGGACAUCUUUGAGAGUACAUCUCAUCUAUACCUUGUCAUGCAACUAGUUUCUGGAGGAGAACUUUUCGACAGGAUCGUGGAGAAGGGGUUUUACACAGAGAGGGAUGCUAGCCAGCUCAUCCAUCAGAUCUUGGAUGCUGUUAAAUAUCUCCAUGAUAUGGGAAUCGUUCACAGAGAUUUGAAGCCAGAGAACUUACUGUAUUACAGUAUGGAUGAAGACUCUAAAAUCAUGAUCAGUGACUUUGGCCUGUCUAAGAUUGAAGGAGCGGGCAGUGUCAUGUCCACGGCAUGUGGUACUCCUGGUUACGUUGCCCCUGAAGUUCUCGCUCAGAAACCAUACAGUAAAGCUGUUGAUUGUUGGUCCAUAGGAGUUAUUUCUUAUAUCUUACUCUGUGGAUAUCCUCCGUUUUAUGACGAAAAUGAUGCCAAGUUAUUUGAGCAGAUUCUGAAAGCAGAGUAUGAGUUUGACUCUCCGUACUGGGAUGACAUCUCAGAUUCAGCCAAAGACUUCAUCUGUCACAUGAUGGAAAAGGACCCUAUGAAGAGGUAUACGUGUGAGCAAGCUCUUCAACAUCCUUGGAUAUGUGGGGACACAGCUCUGGACAAGAAUAUCCAUGAAUCUGUCAGCGCACAAAUCAAGAAGAACUUUGCCAAAAGUAAAUGGAAGCAAGCGUUCAAUGCCACGGCGGUGGUGCGACACAUGCGGAGGCUGCAGCUGGGCACCAGUCUCGAGGGACCGAGUCAGAUUACUCCCACCAGUCCUUGCCAUGGACAUCUGCUCCCAGAGGAGGAGGUGGAGGAAGAGGAGGAGGAACUGGGGAAUGAGGAGGAGGAGAGCUUGUCUCACUACGAGGAUGGUCGUCGUGGAAGUAAUGAGGGCAGCACAGAUCGGGACAGUCUGAGAAGCUGUACCUACUGCUGCAGGCCAACCAGUAGAAUUUGAGCACAGCCUCCUGGUUUCGUGAUGAUGAAGUGUCUGUGGAGCACCCAGAACUCGCCCACCCAGUCUGGCCAGUAAGGCAGAGUAGAUAUUAGUCAAUAUCCAGCAGAAACCCAAACAACAAUUUCCAAAUUCUUUGUGUUUAAAAAAACAAAAAACAAAAAAGGACAUUUACAGUUAGUUUUCGUUACUUUGUUUAAACUAAAUAAUAACCUCUGUGAUGGGAAAAAGGGUUUCCCCUCUCAAGAUUAUUCAUGUUUUGCUUUUUCGCUACCUAAAAAUAUUUCAGAUCAUUAAGCAGAUUUCUUAGAGCAAAUACAAGCAGUUCUCAGCUGCUGGAAUUUGUUAUGAAAGAAAACUACACAAAGCAAACUGGUUCUGUAUGAAAUUGUUAUCAUACCCUUUUUAUGAGUGCUUAUCUAUGAUUUUGUUACAUUAUACAGCUACAAACAAAUCUCAUUUCUGCCAGACUUGCAAAAUCAAGAAGAAACUUAAACAGAGCCAGUCUUACAAAAGGAAAUAGGUUCAAAUCUGCAAUGAGUUCAAGAACAGAUGAGAAAUAUUCAGAAACAAGCCUUCUGAACUCCAGUACAGUAAGAGCCGCUACUAACAAAUGGAAAUAGCUAUAUUUGCCUGCAAACUACAAAUACUGUGAGGCCACACUAGCAACACAUCCAAAAGAUCACAGCAAACCCAAAACUAAAUAUUUCUGAAGCACAGCAUGUCUCACAUACCUCAGUGAAGUUCACUGUUCGUAGCCUAAAAAUAAGAAACACUGCAUCCAUGGGAGGGUUUCAGUGUGAAAUCCCAGCUGAUCAAAAAGAGGAGAAAUAAUCUGAAUGACUUCUUUAGGAGACCACCACAGAGGAGAAUCCCAGGACACCAGUUUGUUAACUAUAACUGGAAUUUAGCUGAGUUAUGCAACAGCACAAGUGCAAAAGGUGACUAAAAAGUCCACCUCUAACAGCCUAUUCAAAGGUAGAAUUUAGCCUCUUUCCCACUGAAAAUAGCGCGUUAACCCGGGUUAACAAUCGGCAUUUGGCUCCCUUCCCACUGGCAAAAAAACUGUGUCUAACCCCUCGCUGGCAAGCUGCGUCGUCUCUGUUCCCCCGCGGGUGCAUGUCUGGUGACACCAUCACACUGGAUUGGCAUUGAUGAUGUCACCAAUGUGACGGAAAUUAAGACAUUAAACAAUGAAUUGCAAUAUCUAAGGAAACCAGUGCGCUUUCUUGUUUCGUUCUAUUAUCUUUCCUAAUCCCUUUUGCCAGCGCUGAGCCAUGUUUAUCGAGUUGUUUUGGCUUGUUAAAUCUGACCGAUUGGUGUGGUUUGUUGACGUCCGUACGUUAAAUGGUGUAACUUAAUUUCUGGCUCUGGUGGCGAUUUUAACACAGGUCGCUUGCUAAGUCCUUUGAUCAUUAGACACGCGUCAUUGAGCUGUUCCCACUGCCAAUAAAAGCUGAUUGUUCCUGGUCAUAAACAGGUUUUUUGGCUGGUGGGAAAGGUUGGUGAAUCAGAUUUGGGGCAAGGUUUGACAUAAAUCUGGUUAAGAUGCUGUAAACUUAAAGCAGACUGCUCUAAUCAUCUAAAGAGUGAAUUCAAGGUAUAGUGGAGGAUUUUCUUUUUCCCGGUGGAUCAUCAAAAUUAGUGGUCCUCCUAAUUGUCAUUCAUUCUGGUGAUAUGUUUACGUAAGGGCGUCCUAUCUGCUUGUCCUCAGUUAGCUGUCUUUUUCUGCGCAUGCGCACUUUUAUGUGGUGAGCUAUGGUGUUAGCCUCUCAUUGAAUCCACACUGAAAGCACAGCACAGGUCGGGCUUCCCUCUGAUGCCUUGGUUGCAAAGUUUUUACUCGACAGGUAAAGCCUGGCAUGCUAUUUGAAGAAAUCCAUUUCACAUCACUGGUUGUAAAAGUUAACUACCCCUAUAUUGUAACUUUCCAGGGUUAGAUAAGUUUAUCUAUUUUGUAAUAAGCAUUGUUUUAUGGUGGCCACAGAUCCUUAUUUACUCUGUAAACAGGUCCACAUUUCCACAUUAGCCUACACUUUUUUAUUGUACCAGUGUUCUUAUUUGCAGGUAAACUUUUUAUACAUAAAUAUGGGUGAGAUGAGAUCCAUCCGAGCGACCAUCUUAUUGCAUCCAUGCACAUCUCGAGGAGAAAUAGGCUCAUGCACGCUCUUGCACACGUUUAACAUGCGUUUCCUCUCGGGGGCGUGUACAGGGUUGUGCAUGUGCAUUUUUUUUUUUUUUUAAGUGGAGAGGGUGUGUCUUUUCAAACAUUGACGAAAAUCCUCCACGAUACAUUUAAGAAUCUGAGAGAAAGAGUAACACAACAUUCUUCAACAGAUAUUGAAGCGACUGGCCAGGAAUGUUAAGAUUAGUUACCAAAUACGAAGGGAGAGGCUGGUUUGAAUAGUUUUCCUUGAUAAUUAAAAACUGACAUCUAAGUCAGUUUGGUGAUCUGAAAAAAAAAGAAGCUAAAACUGAAGAAAUGUGUUUGUAGGCUUAUUCUUUUUCAAAGAAUUAUAUUGCAAAAGUGACCACAAGGCAUAUUUGUGAAGAGAGAUUGAUUAAAAAAAAGAAGCUUUAUCUCAAUGACCCACCAUAAUGAUGAAAUGAUUAGUCCUUUUGUGCAGCCAUGGCAGAAAAAGGCCUUUUACAAAUUGUUCAGCAUGUUAGCUUCAGAGCCUGUUUACAUCAAAGAUGAGUUCUAAAAGCUGUGUCCUUUUUCUUAAUUGUUAUCUCAUUAUAUGCCACGUCUACCUCUAAUCAUGGCUUCUGUGUGUCUGCAUCCAUCUGGCUUAGGCACUCUACAGUGCUGGCAGCUUUCUUUGAAAAAUCUGGGCAGACAAGUUAAAAGAACAAAAGCAUUUAAAGCUAACAUGUCCGGAAACUGAAUCCUGUGGGUCCUUCUCUUCUUUAUCCAUUAACCAAAUACUAGGCAAUAGCCUAGAAAACAUCUCUAUUUAAGUAGAGAGGCUAAACAUUGUUUCUCCCUUGAAUUAUAUUAAUACCUAGCUAACAACUUAGUAUCUGCUCUGCAAAAUAAAAUUAAGUAUAGCUCUGUUUAAUUGUAAAGCUUUUUUUUUUUUUUUGGCUCGAUAUGGAUCCCAGUCAGUCCAGUAAUGUAAUAUUCUCCUUAUUAACAAGUAUGAAUUGAACUCAGAUGACUUCAGUUUCUUUUAAGUUUACUAAGAUAAAAAAAGUUGAGUUUAGAUCAAUUAUAAAUCUUAAUUAUCCCAAAAACCUUUCCAAUUGAAUCUCAACCUUAGUUUACAUUCUUUCCGCUGACUUUUUUCAGUGCAGUUCGUUGUGAAUAGAAUCCAUUAAAUCAAUUCUUUCAUUGAUGUUUCCCCCUAAACAAAGUUCUUCUGUUCAAAUGGAAAAUAAAGGGUCUUAUUUAUCUAGUUCUUUCCUCUUGAAUGUGAUCCAUUUCACUUGAUAAUCCAAUGCAAUCAUUACUUUUGGUUCUUUUGAACUAAAUGCCAAAUAUAAUCCAGCUGACUAAUACUGUCCAAUCAUUUCUUACUGAAUUGAGGCCCAGUUCAAAAGAAUUGUUCUAAACUGAAUACAGCCAAUUUUAGUCCACUUAUAAUCAAACCAACUCUGUAAUCAACCCUUACAAUGGAAUAUGAUGUUGCUCAGUCCAGUGCAAGGCACUUCAACACAAUGUAAACCCCUUAAUUGUCCCACAAUGGGAAAAUUCACUCUCUGCAUUUGACCCAUCAUCUUGGGGAGCAGUGGGUCGCCAUUGUGUGGUGCACGGGGAGCAGUGUGGGGUUAAGGGUCUUGCUCAGGAAUCCAGUGUCCAGGCUGUUGGGAUCGAACUGGGCACUUGCAACCUUCUCCAAGCACAAUUGCACUGCUCUCACCACUAGACCAACUCUCCCAGCUGUAACAUAAUUAUCUCCAUCUUAAAAAAAGUCCAGAUUUAUUCCAAUGAAAUCAAAUUAAUUUCAUGUAAUUCUGAUUGAAUCAUUCAUAUAUAUUUAAUGUUUCCUCCCUACAAUCUGGUGCAAUCCAGUGUAUUCUAGUUCAAAUAAAUUAUCUUAAACUAAAACCGUACAGUUUAAUCCAGAUAUAAACCAUGUGACUUACAUUCUGUCUGAAUUAAGUUAGUUUCUGUCCAGGAAUCAUUUAUUGAAUACAUUACUUUGUUUUGAUGCUGCUCACAUUAAUCAUGCAAAUAAUGGAUAUAUAAAAUUAAAUAUUUUUUCCUAAAUAGAAGAUAUGAGGCAGAAAAGGUCAGUUUUCCCCAAAAAAUGCUGUUUUCAUCUUCAUUAACAUCAAAAAGUACAAUUUUUUUGUGAUUAAAAAACUGCUCAUAUUCAGGCUGAAUGAAUAUUACAGUUAAAUCCAGUUUUGCUUAUUUUCGACUCUUUUCUUCUUUGUUUAAAUACUUUGUGAACAUAUUAUCUAAAUACUUUAAAAGUUGCAAAAGGUUUUGGAGUCUAUAUAGUGGCUCAGACUGGGUAUGUGACGGGUGGAUUUGGCUUGAAAUGUCUGCAUGCUUCCUUUUGGGAAAAAAAAAAGAAAAUUACAUUAAAAUGUAUGAAUAUCCAAAAGGAGACUUUUUUUGUAUGUUUUAUGGCUGUUUUUUUUUUUUUUAUUGUUAUUAUUUUUUUAAGAGGCUCAAACUGAGAUCCCCAUUAGGCCGUUAUAUUAAAACUCGUAUUAUGCCUUGAAGAUUAUAGAAAUCCUGUACUUUUUUUCACCUGUUUUUUGUUAAGAAAAGCAAACGAAUCCAAAGGCUGUGAGUCUCUUUUCUCCUGGCCCAGACCCGGCUCAUGUUGAGUUGGAGGGAUCUCGGUCUGGGCACUCUACCUGCUCUGUGCUGUACACCUCUAGUGGAAGAAGUUUUGGUCUACUGUUUGCAUGACCUGGUUCAAUAUGUUUACAUGAAUGAUGAUCAAUUAGUAUAAACACACGAUUUAAUAUUACUAUGUUGUAUUGAAAACUAAUGUAAUUUUUGAGCUAUAUAAUGUGAAGUGAUUAACACCUGAAGUAACGUUGUUGACAAAAUACAACACAGCACAGUGGACUUAUCAUUUGCAUCGACUCUAACAGGCAAGUCUCUUUCUGAGUGAUCUUUUUUCUGUACUAUGCUUAUUUAUGGCUUCGUUUUUUGUUUGUUUUUUUGUUUGCAUUUCCUGACCCUACUAAAGCAAACAACAUAUCAGUGAUUUUGCAAGGUUUCUGUUUUUUAAGUAUUUAUUUUGAAAAGGGGUCUUAAAAACAUAAAGGUGCAAGAGCAACACCUUGCUGCUGGAGUGCUCUCUUUACAGUUGUAUAAGGAAAGAACACUUAAGCCAUACACUAAUUAUUUACCCUUUUUUCUGUACUUGAUGUACAACUUAACAAUCACCGUAAUCUGCAAGCGAUACACACAAAAUAAUUAUUUUAAAACAAAAUUGAUUGACCUAUAAUAUUAUUAACAUCAUGUCGGUAGAAAAUAAUGUAUCCCAUGACAUAGUACAUUCUGUUUAAGGCAAAUAAAACCUUAAGGAACACAGUGAACUAACCCAUCAAUCGAUCCUCUUUCAUUAAUGGGUUUCGUUCUAAUUGUAGCUAUUAAUGCGGGUCCAUAGUACAGUAAAAGAGGGCGAUCACUCUGGAUUUACAAGACUGUAAUUUUGGAAUAUAUGCAAACUGUGUUUGAAGGGCUUCAUGUUGAGUGUACUAUAGCCAAUGUUGAUGACUUUGAUAACCUGGCUAUUAUAUGUUUUGUAAAGACUUUCUGUUGAACCUUUCCUGGGAUUUAUUUUAACUCAGCUGUGUCUUUGUUAAGCUUCUGUUAUCCAUUCCAAACACACUAUAAUGCAUAAAGAAACACAUGUAUAUUAUAUAUAUAUAAAUAAAUAUAAGUAUAUAUUGUAUAUUCUUUUUUUGUAAAAGCUGUUUUGAGCUACAAAUGUAUGGAUGCAAUGCAUCAUGGGUUAUUAAAAAAAGUUGUAUGAAAAUACGAUUUGUACCCACAAAGAAUUGAC